UGAAACAACUCCUAGUCCAUCAUCAGUGUUGGCUUUGAAUUCAUUAAGAACGUUGUCAUCAUGAAAGUCCUAUUUGCUGUUCUUGCUUUGGCCACGGUGGCCUUAGCCGCCAAGAAAUCUCGAAUGCAUCCCUAUUCGGCCAAAUCCAACCAAGCGGAGAACCAAUAUCUUGAUUGCUAUGACUAUUCUGGACAAGGUGGAGCCAAUAUCCGGAUCACCGAUUAUAUCGAAAACCUGGCCCAAGCUGGAUUCGAUAACAUGGCCAGUUCUUGCUGUUUCAACGGAGUCUGGAUGCUCUACGACGAGCCCAACUACAACAGCCGAAACUUGGAGGCUGCCAGUUACUUCGGAUGGGGAGAGAACUAUUGUGACGAUUUCAAUCCUGACAUUGACAACAAGGCUUCCUCCGUGAGAUUCUCCGGAGCUCCCGAUGGCUACAAGUACGACACCAUCAACUUCUAUGAGGGCAAAUUCUUCAUGGGACAAGAGCAAUACUUUUAUGACGACGCUCCCCAAUUCAACUAUGACAACUUGGGCCGAUCUGUGAUCGUGACGGGAUGCUCGCCAUGGACCAUUUACCAAUAUGACAACUACCAAGGAUACAGCUUGUGCUUGUAUCCCGCAGACACAAGCCAAUGCUACCCCAACUUCUACGCUCAACCUUCAGAUUUGGGAUUCUUGUCCGAUCAAGUGUCCAGUACCCGCAAGGGAUGCUUCUCAAAGAACAUUGUCUAUGGCAAGACCAUGGAGCCAUCAGUUAUUUACUCUAGUCUUGAUUAAACAAAGACCUAGCAAUAAAAUCAAUUGCAUUUGUACA